AUGCUAUGGCGGGUGGGCAGCUUUCGACAUGUCUUGCUGUGCUUCCACGUGUCCUUUAGUGCCUCCACACCUGCAGAACCAGCGUACGUACGGUGGCUUUGGCCAGGGCCUGGUCCGCAGGUUCAUGUCGCUUCCAGCAAGCGACUGCGUUGUGAAGUGAUGGUUUGGGUACAUGAAUCCUUCCAGUUCAACACCUCCAUCUGCAUUCAGAUCCAAAGUCUGGGAUACCAAAAGAGCUUCUGCGAAGACUUCCAGAAGUCGGGCAUCAUUUCUUUUGUCCUCCCGUUGUCCGUCCUCGAUGGCGACAUCCUUCUCUCUGCCAGCCUACUGCCGCGUCUUUUCCUCGCGCCUGGGAGUAGGACCACAGCUGGGAGUUGGGGUCCCUACUCGGCGCAGAUUCGCUUGAAGAAGUGGCUCAGCCUGGCGCGAGAGAUCCCUUCCUGGGCACCCAGCCAGAAUCCCUUAGUGGACUGGUGGGAUUCGCAUCGCGCAGGUUUGCUUGCUACGAAGAGCCCGAACUAUUUCGAAGUCUACCACCGGCACUUGCAGCAUUUUCGCAGGCGGAGGCCUCAUUUGCUGGAGAUCGGUUUGGGCAGCGGUGGGGCGCUAGAGAUGUGGAAAGACUAUUUUGGUCGGGACCUACGUGUGACCGGGGUCGAGUGCUGUCCAUAUCCAGGAAUGAAGAGUCGGCUUGAGGAUAACAUCACCUCGAUUUUUUUCGGCGACCAAGAAGAUCAGAGCUUUUUGGAUGAAUUGGUGUCAUCGGUACCUCCUUUUGACAUCAUUGUGGAUGAUGGGAGUCACGUUGGCCGCAUGCAGCUUGCAAGCUUCCGAAGACUUUGGCCUCAUUUGGCGCCCGGUGGUGUUUACAUUAUUGAGGAUCUGCAGUUUGCUUUUGAGAACGCUGAUGCCUACCAAUGGAUUGAGAAGCUGAAAGAUUUGGUUUCUGAGAUGCACAUCGGGAGAUCCUCUGAUCCAAAGUUUACAGAGGUUGGAUCCAUUCGCAGCAUUAACAUUCAUCGCAACAUCGUCGUGCUCGAGAAAUACGAGAUCAACCAAGGUUUGCAAGGUUUUGGAAAUACUUGGGUGGUGGGGGCGGGUGCGCAAGCCCCUCCUUUACAAGAGGCCGCGCUUUGGAAGGAAGCGCCAAAGAUGUCUCACCCAGUUUAG